CGACGACUACGACGACCAGGCGAGCGGACGGAGGCGGCGCCUGAAGCGGCGGCGGAGCCCAUGCCCCGGGACGGCGGGCGGGCCCGGAGAGACGAGUGCGGGGCCCGGGGCAUGUCCCCGGGGCCCCCGUGAGGAGGCGGCGGCGGCGGCGAUGGAGACCCCGCCGCAGGAGGCGCCGCCCGGGCCGGGCGCGGACGCCGCCGCCGAGGAGGCCCCCGCCGAGGCCCGGUCUCCCAGCCCCGCGUCGCCCCCCGCCGACGGGCGCCUCAAGGCUGCGGCCAAGCGCGUCACGUUCCCGUCCGACGAGGAUAUCGUCUCCGGAGCGGUGGAGCCCAAAGACCCCUGGAGACACGCCCAGAACGUGACCGUGGACGAGGUCGUCGGCGCCUACAAGCAGGCCUGCCAGAAGCUGAACUGCAGACAGAUCCCCAAGCUCCUCAGGCAGCUCCAGGAGUUCACGGACCUCGGGCACCGCCUCGACUGUCUGGACCUGAAAGGUGAGAAGCUCGACUACAAGGCCUGUGAGGCCCUGGAAGAGGUCUUCAAGAGGCUGCAGUUCAAGGUCGUGGAUCUGGAGCAGACGAACCUGGACGAGGAUGGAGCCUCGGCGCUCUUCGACAUGAUCGAGUACUAUGAGUCAGCCACCCACCUCAACAUCUCCUUCAACAAGCACAUCGGCACCCGGGGCUGGCAGGCCGCUGCCCACAUGAUGCGCAAGACAAGCUGCCUGCAGUACCUGGACGCCCGGAACACACCCCUGCUGGACCACUCGGCACCCUUCGUGGCCCGUGCCCUGCGCAUCCGCAGCAGCCUGGCGGUGCUGCACCUGGAGAACGCCAGCCUGUCGGGCCGGCCCCUCAUGCUGCUCGCCACAGCCCUGAAGAUGAACAUGAAUCUGCGGGAGCUGUACCUAGCUGACAACAAGCUCAACGGCCUGCAGGACUCAGCCCAGCUGGGCAACCUGCUCAAGUUCAACUGCUCCCUGCAGAUCCUGGACCUCCGUAACAACCACGUGCUGGACUCAGGUCUGGCCUACAUCUGCGAGGGCCUCAAGGAGCAGAGGAAGGGGCUGGCGACCCUGGUGCUGUGGAACAACCAGCUCACGCACACGGGCAUGGCCUUCCUGGGUAUGACGCUGCCACACACCCAGAGCCUGGAGACGCUGAACCUGGGCCACAACCCCAUCGGCAAUGAGGGCGUGCGUAACCUCAAGAACGGCCUCAUCGGCAACCGCAGCGUGCUGCGCCUCGGCCUGGCCUCCACCAAGCUCACGUGCGAGGGCGCGGUGGCAGUGGCGGAGUUCAUCGCCGAGAGCCCCCGCCUCCUAAGACUGGACCUUCGGGAGAACGAGAUCAAGACGGGCGGGCUCAUGGCACUGUCGUUGGCCCUCAAGGUGAACCAUUCCCUGCUGCGCCUGGACCUUGACCGUGAGCCCAAGAAGGAGGCGGUGAAGAGCUUCAUCGAGACGCAGAAGGCGCUGCUCGCUGAGAUCCAGAAUGGCUGCAAGCGCAACUUCGUGCUGGCGCGUGAGCGGGAGGAGAAGGAGCAGCGGCUGCAGCUGUCAGCCUCCAUGCCCGAGAUCACCGUCACCGAGCCCCAGCCCGGCCAGGAGCCUGGGGACGAGCCCGCCGCCGAGGCGCAGGAGAAUGGGGCCCCAGGGCCCGCGCCCGGGCCAGACUCAGACUCAGACUCAGACUCCGAGGGCGAGGACGGGGAGAGGGCGGAGGUCCCCUGCCCCGCCCUGGUGCCCCCCACGGACUCCCUGCACCCUGGGGACAGGAGUCCCCCAGGCAGCCCCUCCUCCCUCACCGAGCAGCGCAUUUCCGUGUCCAGCCCGGGCCGGGGCCACAAGGUGUUUGUGGUGACCCGGGUGGAGAGUCCACCUGAGAGGGCAGAGCCACCUGUGCCCCCUGCCCCUCCUUCCCCCCCUGCCCCUCCUUGUCCGCCCUCCCCCCCUGCCUUAUCCUCCCCGCCGCCCUCACCUGCCCUACCGCCAGCUGCGGCUGUUGGCACUUGGGACCCCGGGUCAUCGGAGCCUCAGCCACAGGCAGAGCCGCCGCAGCCAGGGCCACCCCUGCCCAACGGCCUGAAGCCCGAGUUUGCCCUCGCACUGCCCCCAGAGCCACCCCCGGGGCCUGAGGCCAAGACGGGCAGCUGUGGCCUAGAACACGAACUGAGCUGCUCCAAGAACGAGAAGGAGCUCGAGGAGCUGCUUCUGGAAGCCAGUCAGGAAUCCGGGCAGGAGACACUGUGACACUUUAGUUCCUUCUUUCCCAUCAGUCUUCGAUGAGCUGAGGCCGGAGCCCCAAGAUCCGCGCACCCCCAGCCCAGUCUUCCUGAGGCCCGGACGCCAGGGGUGUGGGGGCCUUUCUGGGGACCCCCGCCCCCCACAGCAACACUACACAGGGUGCAGGAGCUGCAGGGAGUGGGCCUGCCUGCCCUGACUUAAGCACUUGUAUUUAUGUGUCCACACUUGGCGCUCGAAGACUCUGGGCUGGGGGUGGAUGGAAGGAGGAGAGACAAAGAGGAGGAGGAAGUCUCCAAGGACUUUGGCCACAAGGCCAGGCCCCUUUUCCAGAGGGCUUGUCUGGCCAGGCUUGCCCUGUACAGGGCAGGAAUCCUGGGUGGUGGUGGGGUGGUCCCCCCGUGGCCCUGGGCGCAGGUCCAGGCAGGAGGCAUGGCUUGGGAGGGCGGUGCGUGACGGUGGUGGUUGGCGGUAGAGCAGCCCCGACAGGGUGGGCGCGGGGCUCGGGGUGGUGGGGGGAGAUGGGAGCGGAGGAUCAGAGCUUUCUUUUUCUUAAGUGCAAUAAAUCUAUCAGGGAGCUGGGGGGAGCAGCCGGGGCUCUGGAGACCCUGCUGUCCAGGCCACUGGAGGCUGCGCCCUGAGAGGCACUACAGCCCGGUGGGGGGGGGGGGGGGGGGGGGGGGGGGGG